AUGCAAACGUUCGCUCGUGUUCACGCCAGUUGGCAGUACACACGAAAGAAAGCACAGAUCGGCUAUUCAAGCGUUCGUGCUACAAAUGUGGCGCCGUUCAUUGGCCAGAGGAAACUCCCGUGCCGAGUCUUUUCGAAUCAGACUGAGUACGCUAUCAUCCGCAGCAGGAGACGUGCCCCUGCAGCCCUGAAUGAGUACCUUCAUCAACUUAUUGUUGGACAUCUAGCACGGGUUCGCAACCUCGCCCCUAGGCGAGGUGUGCUUAUGGUUAGGGCAUCCGAUCUUACCCGUGCCGUUCGCUUCGUCAAGCGAACGUAUGUGCAAGUCUUGGAAGCGAACGUAUGUGCAAGUCUUGGGCUCUUAGGUAAUGUAAGCGAGCGGCGAAGCAAGGAUGAGGCUUUCUGUCACGCACGAUGCCUAUGUGCGACUGUGUCGACCUAA